GGGAUCCCCUGGAUCCCAGCUGGAGCGGAUCCCCGGGAUGCCGCGCGGGGCAGCAAGCGGCUUUUAAGGGCGUCUUCCCACUUGGCAAGCCCCAGGCUUUGUGCUGGCUCGGCUGCAGCCGGGCGGGGUUUUUGCUGGGUGUUUUUGCAAAGCCUCGCGGGGCAUCGCCGGAGCUGCUCCUGCCGGCCCCUGGCGCUUUCCCCUGCCCGCCGAACCCUCCUUAAGAGGGUCCCAGGAGGCAGAAAGUUGAGUCCGGUGGUUUUGGGGUGGGUUUUUUGUUCUCAGAUGGAGGAAAAAGUUACUCAGAGGAAGUGAGUGCGGCAGGAGGCCGGCAGCGCAGGGGACCAUGCUGCCCCGAGCAGCCCGGCGCUGCCCCUGCCCAUCGCCCCGCUGAUCGCCCGCGGGCCCGGAAAGGAAUUGCCAUGCCCGCAGGGAUCUUCCGAGUGUGCCUGGUGGUGAUAACAGCUAUCGUCAACCACCCACUCCUGUUCCCCAAAGAAAAUGCUACUGUCCCUGAGGACACGGAGGAAAUCAUCCAGAGGAUGAAGGAGCGUGAGGAGAACCUCCGGCUGGAGCAGCUACGCUUGGAGCAGGAGAUGGCAGGGCAGGAGUCCAUCCAGAAGGCUUUGGAAGAGGCCCCUAAGCUGGAGGAGAAGCUCGAAGAGGAUGCUCUGCGUUGGGACUUGUGGAGCGCCAUGUCCAUGGUUGUCUUCCUACUGAUUGAGCUCUGGAGGCAAGAUUUCCAGGAUGGGAACUGGCAGGACUGGGCCGGUGAGGAGGAUGACAUGGCCAUCCUGGGGAAAGCAUUUAAGGGGGUGGCCCUGCCAAAUAAGGCCACCUUGGCCAACUUCUAUGAGAGGUGCAUCGUGGGUGUCACUGGCGAGAUGGCCCGGAUGCGGGAGAUGGUGGAAGGUUUUGCAGACGACUUGUUGGAAGCCCUACGGAGCGUGUGUAACCGGGAUGCUGACAUGGAGGUAGAGGAGUGCAUAGGGGUAGGGAGCAUGUAUGAAAACUGGAGGGUGCGCAAGCCAUAUGUGUGCGACUUGAUUGUGCCUUUUACCCCACCAGAGCCCUACCGUUUCCGGUCGCAGGUGUGGUGCUCUGGGGACUCCAUCCCCCCAGAUAAGCAAGGCUACGGUACCAUCAAGGUUUGCCGGCGGGAUGAGGAUGUGGCAGGCUGUAUCUGUGACAAGACUAAGCUGGGUGAAGACAUGUUGUGCCUCCUCCAUAGCCAAGCCAGCCAGACCAGGCACAACAGCGAGAGGGAGGACCUGCUCUGCUUUAACAACACCCAGUAUCUGGAUGCUGACCAGGUGAUGAAGUGGUUCCAGAUCGCCAUCACCAAGGCCUGGAACAGAAUAUCCCACAAGUAUGAAUUUGAUCUCACCUUCAGCCUCUUGGACUCCCCAGGUGCCCUGAAGAUAAAAUUCAGGUCUGGAAAGUCCAUCGCCUUCAACAUCACGCCUGUGGUGCAAUGUGAAGACUCUGAUGUCUACUUCAUCUCCCACUUUCCCCGCAGCGGCCUGACAGCUGAUCCCUCCUCCAACACUUACUGGUUUCUUACUUUUGCGGUGUACGAGAGACGGUUCAUCCAUUCCCUCUCCAAAACACUGCCUGCCAAUGCCUGCCACCUCAGCUGCCUUCAGAUCCUCUCCUUCCUGCACGAAAAGCAAUGUAGCCUCUCGGGUCCAAGCGGCCUCACAAACUACCACCUGAAAACAGCAAUGCUGCAUUUGCUACAGACCCGUCCCCAUCAGGACUGGGCCCCAGAAAACCUGGAAGCCAGGCUGCAAGACAUGCUGAAAUUCCUGGAGAAAAGCUUGCAGGAAAAGAAGCUAUGCCACUUCUUCAUUGGAAAUCGUAAGGUGCCAGAGGAGCUAGGUUUCCCGGGGAUAUUCCAGAAGGCUGAGCCCCUCAACCUUUUCCGAUCAUUUGUGCUUCACAGAGACAUUUACCAAAAGACGGUGGAUACGUUUCACGAGAUGCUGAGGAACACAUCUGCUCUGAUCAAUGAAUACACGGUGCACGUUCCUAUAGAGCAUACAAACGGGCUUCACAAAGAGUCUCUUUAGCCAAGACAUCUGACAAACACUUGUCCUCUGUGCACAAGUUCCUGGGGCAGCUUAAAAGCCUUAUCGAGGCAAUGGACUUUGAUGUGAGAGAUUUCCACCUUUCAUGGCAGCUAAUUCAGGCCUGGUUUACCCAGCAUCAGGGAGGAAGGAGAAUGGGUAGGAACUGGAAAGCACAUGCUGUGAAAGUGUCUCUCUACUCCACCAGUGCGUUAGCUGUUUUUUAUGCAACUCAGAAUAUAUUUUUUUACUAUGCACUAGUCCGACUGUGGUGGUGACAAGCAACAGAUGUAAUUUAUACAGAUGUUGCAUUGCAAAAACAUUGGCAAUUAUUCAGCGUCUCAAGCCAAAUAUUGAGUUUGUUUUUAAAGGGGAUGAAAUAAAAUGGUGAGGAGAAUCUAAGAUAAAAAGAGGAUGUUGAAAGAGUCCUCCUCUUCCCUGAAAGGCAACAGCUCUGUGACUGCUGUUAUUCUGUUAUUCUUACCUUACUAUUAUUAGUCUUUUGUAUAGUCAUAAUGGUAAUGUCCAGGGGAGUGGAUUUUGUGCGUGGGUGAAUAUAUUUGCAUGGCAGUUUUCCAUGUCUGCUCUGGAUGAAACCAUUGACCAUUCUUUGUAAAAGAAAAAGAAAAACUUCCUGCAAGACAUAAAACUGUAAGACGGCAGAUGCCAAGAGAUAAAUGUUUGGGCUCUUCGCAUAAGCAGAUGAUGCAUGAGAAGAGGGAACUCACGGAAAAAACUAUGAAAUGAACCCAGUCACAAUAAGCUGAUGCCAAAGGGGUAGAUCGUAAUCUCAAAAUCUAAUACAAAUCAUGUAGUGCAUUUUUAAUGAGGUCAGGGCAGGUACAAGUGCUGUAACUAAAGGAGAGAGCAGAGCACACUGGUGGCUGGCAAACUUGGUUUUUGCAGCAAUGCUGCAGUCUGACUCCCUCCAUCGUGUCUGUCUUAUCUUUCAUAGAGGUAACCUGGGGUAUCUGCCUGCAUCCAAGCAAGGCUCCUUCUAGACCUUGUUAAUGCUGCUGCUUGGAGCAGGUUGCAUUUAGGAGUGUCAGGUAGAGCAAGCUGCAUGGCCUGCAGUCAUCUGAGACCUGACCAUAGUGAAUGUUCAGCCACUACUGACCAAGUAGGAGAGAGAGAAAAAGUCUUGGUUGAGCGUACGAGCUUUUAAUGUUUUGAUCAAGUAGAGCUCUUCAACUUGGGUGUAUUGUUUUCAUUGUUCUCCUUUUAGAAGAGGAAGAUGCAGCCUUGGUUGGCGGCAUGGGUAGCAUUGGUUGUUCCAUCCUACAGCAGAUUACCAUCAUUCCCAUAUUAUUGCACCUCCACACCUGACCCAUAUAUGGCAGACACAGAAGAUAGGUUUGAUCCUACUACCCUGAAGGUGAUGCCUUCUGGCAGGAGUUCAUUAUCCAGCUUGCCAUUAAGCAGACCUUCAAAAGAAGAUUGAAGCACAAAUCACUGUCUCACCUCUGUAGACAGCUGCGCAGGCCUGCCUCUCCAGGGGCAAGGGAGUUGUGGGACACAGACAUAUAGGGUGGCAGGGCAGGGAUGUUAAUAGAUUACACAAGUCCUAAGUGAGAGAGAGGAACCCAUUUGCAACGAGCUGCUGAGUAACUACCCAAGUUUGUAACUACACCGUUCCCCAUGCCAUUACACCCAGGCUUGCUAUAAAAAGUGGGGAGGGAGUGACAGGGGCAAUUGGCCAGAGCCAUAGGAGAAUUUCUUGGGUCUUGCAUGAAGCAGAUAUUUGUCUCCAUCUCCAAACUAACCCUUGUAGCUCUGUGCUCAGGAGAACCUCACAGCUGGAGAAGCAGGAGGGAAGGUCUCACUGCUGGAGGUCAGGUGUGAAGCUCACUGGUGCUGUCGGAUUAACCUUUUAGCACAAGCCAUUAAACCCCUUUAAGAGAAAUAAAAACCAGGCUUGAGGCACUCUGUGGAGAAUCAGAUAGUGAUGAGUAGAAGUAAAAUGCAGGGUUUGAGACCCAUGGGGAUCUGGAGCUUCUCAUAUGUCUAGAAUAUUUUCAAACUAAAGCAACAACUUUGUGGCUGCUGAGUUUCUCGCUCCCUGAGGUCUGUUGUACAGUGUCUACACCAGACCUAUAUUUAUACAGAUGUACUAUGUGCAGAUGUACUAUGGUGAAGCACUUGUGGCCUCGGUUCCUCUUCACUGUGCUGCUGCUAUGGCCAGAGACAAAUUUAAAUCUCUGAUGUUUCCUGCAAGGAGCCUAAAUUUAGCGCAUGAGAAGUACAGAAAUACACCCCUGACCCAGGUCACACAGGAAAUGAUGUGCUGGGCUGAAAAAAACCCAUCAAGCCUUUAUAUAAAAUGGAGGAAAGGGAGAGUAAAAGACUGCUUAUAAACAAAAAUUCUCAUUUCCCUUGUGCAAAAUGUUGGAACAAAGAUGCUUUCAUCCAGCAUGGAUUUCCUCUCCGGCGGUUUGACUCUUGCUGGUUUUAGGAGGAUGUUUGAAGUUGAGUUUGCAGUCAUAAACAGGUAGUGGGGAAAGUAAACCUUGCAAACGACACUAUGCUAGCAACAUGUUAAAAUAGUAGCAGGGGCAUUAGGGAUUUUUUCUCAUCCUGCUGGAUUGUCCUGUGGCAAUUCUGGACCUCGUCUGGUGGUAAUAGAAGAAAUGUAGAGCACUAACAGAGACUCCUAAUGAAACAUGUCUUGCCUCAGUCCCUUCCCUGGACAAGAUACCGCUCCGCUAAGUGUUUAACGUGACAUGCUUACUCUGCUUCAGGCUUUUCUGCUGAUCACAAUUUCAGGCUAUAAGAGAGCCUACAGAUAUGUCUCCACUCAGGGGAAAGCACUGUGUGUGAACACACUCACUGUGCUUCAGGAAACCCCACGGGAGAGCUCUCCAUGUGGCUAUCACUCUGCAGGCAUUUCAACACAAGACACUUACUGUGGAGUAGACUAAUUAGCUCUGCAGUAAACGUGUGCCUACACAUGCACCCCUAUUAGGCUGGAGUAAAUGAAUUAACUCUGCAUCAGGAUAGUACUUGUAUUUACAGGAUAGUACUAAUUUAUAACUACUAUCCUGCCAUGGAGUUUUUUGCUUUGCAGCAGUGCACGUGUAGACAUUGCCCUGGCUGGCUGGAGCACAAGGGUGCUUCAGUGUGGGGGCUGCCUGUCGGCUGGCCCUGCACUGGAGCACCCUCAUGCCCCAGCCAGCCCCUGUGCAGCACGUCGAGCAGGAGGGGAAGCAGCCCUGGCCUGGCAGGCUGACCCCUGGCACCCCCUGCCAGCCAGGGCUGCUUCGAUGCAGCUCAACGUGCUGCAGUCCCGGGUGCACAUUCAAACAGUGUAUCCAGGAGCAAUAAACUCUGGAGUUUAUUGCUUUGCCUUAAUUGCACAUAUAGACGUGCGCUGAGAGAUCAAACCUUUACGUACUGAGUAACUUGCUUAAUCUUACCAUAACCAUAGCAGCAAGAAAGGGUAUAAAGUGUAGAAGAAUGGUCCUUCACAGUCAGGUCUUAUCAAUUUUAAUACUAGAAUACAGUUAGCCAGACAUCACCCUUACUUGCAAAAGACUACAGCAUUUCAUCAGUCUUCCGUGCAGUCUACACUAGUCAAAAUGUCCUUUGCUAGCUAGAACUGUGUGUAAAGAUGUUUGGCUAACGUAUCUGGAAGUCUACAAUAUCCAGAGUCUUACUCAGAAUUCCUCAAGAGUAGACUCAUGGGUUUUUGUGGUUUUAAAUCUAAUCAUUUUCUUUUGCAACCAAGUGCUAUGUAACGUGCAGUGAAUCACUGCAGGAAUGGUCCCGAGGAAGUUCAAACUGCGUGGAUCCCUUUCUUCUACUAGUUAUUGUUAUUGCUAACCCUUAGCCAGGGAAACUCAGCCAUCGUCCCCCUAUAUUCCAGCCACCUUCCUAAAGCAAUUUAAUUGUUUCAGUAUGUCACUAUAGGCUCUAUCAAGGUGAGGGAAAUCACUGUGGCCCGAUAAGAGCCAUCAACACAGCCUCAGGGGCUAUUCAUGUGCAGGCAGCGCCGUUAUUAAAGCUAUUCUUGUCUAAAGCCAUUAUCAUUCAGGAGCUGAAUGUCUCUUAAGGCAGUCUCUUCAUUUUGGAUAGUUCAGUACUCAACUUGCAUCGACCGUGGGAUAUGGCAUCUAUGUCUCCAUUUUUCCACAUACAGAUCAUUUAUCAUUUUUUUUGGCUUUUUUAAUAAGAAACUCAAAUAUUUGCUCUGUCAUUUAAGCAGGAUGUGGUAAUUACUCUAUUGGACUUUUUAACGUAGAAUUUGUACAAGUUUCUGUUGCGGGAGUGAGGCAACAAAAGACCUCGACCUGAUUUUCACAGCCCAGUUGACAGCGGGCUUGACUGGUCGCUGCUUCUUCUGGGACCAUAUGUGGUAAAUAGCCUUAUUUAUUACUAGCCUUCUUUACGGACACUUUUGUAAUAUUUUGUUAGCUUGGAAGCAAGACUGUACUCUGAAGAGCUGACCUGGGAGGAAUAAGUGAGAGUUGGGUUAAGACACAACACCCAAAACCUUCCAGAUCAAGCUCUUCCUUGAGUUUUUAGAACAUCCAUAAUAUAGUCCAUUUAAACUUUUUAAAAGGUAUGCCAGGAACAAUUUCUAUAUUAAAGUCAUGGUUGAACAUGGUUGAAACGUGUAUAUAUUUUUCGUGCAGCUUUAUUUAAAAUAAAGGUGGUGUUUGAAGUCUCAUAUGAA